AUGUUCAUUUUUUUAAUAUAUUUCUUUUUAUCUUUUAUUUUAAAAGAUUCACAAGUAUUUACUACAGGAAAGUGUCCAAAUAAUUUAAUAUUUCAAACAUGUGGUUCAAAUUGUCCAAAAACAUGUGAGAAUUAUAAUCAUCGACUAGGUUGUGAUAGGUCUUGUGCAUUAAAUGUAUGCCAAUGUACAGGAGGCCUUGUUUUACAUAAUAAUAAAUGUAUUCUACCAUCACAGUGCCCUAAUAAUUCCGGAAAAUAA